CCUUCGAAAGCCGGCGGCACGCGGCUCCAAACGGCACGAGGACUCCGUGGUCGGUCUUCCACUUCUAGUGUAUGACCAGUUUCUUACUCGAGUUAAUCGAAGCGGGACAUUGUGGAGCAUUCUCCGGAGUCUCGACGACGUAGCUUGUACGCGAUCGUCUGCUGUGCGCGACUUUCUUGCGACUUGUAACUCGUACAUUUUAUCCGGUUAUUUCUAAUCAAUUCUAUAUAAACUUCGCUACAGACUAACGAAUAUAGCAGACGUCCGUGAUUUUAUUUUUCCUUUAUUCAAUUUAUUGAUUUUCUCUAGAGGAUAUUCCCAAAAAACAAAUCCACAAAUCCAUAGGUAGGAAUUACAUCCUAACUUAACUUUUGAAAACUUCGCGAAACUUUCGAAAGUUUUUCAACUACCGGAAACAAUAUUAUUAUGGUUCUUGGAGAAGCGAGAGAUAGAGAAGUACCUUCCAGUUUCUGAUGAGACACAUCAUUCAACUUCCAAUAUUACAUAUAUAGGGCCAUGAGACUCAACGGCCACAUAGACGGGAUGGAUUGAGAUCGUGCAAUCAUGCAUAACGUACAGACUCUUCGGACGACAUACCCACAUCUGUUCUUCUAUAUGCUGUUUAUAUUUCAGUUUUACGAUGUGGUCUUCGCUUUUGAACCGGAUUUCCUGUACCCUCUGGAGAAUUUGACAGUAGCACAGGGCCGUGACGCAACCUUUACAUGUGUCGUCAACAAUCUGGGGGGAUAUAGGGUGAGUGGGGAUCUCACCACUGCAAGGGUCGCUUGGAUAAAGGCUGAUACGAAGGCAAUAUUAGCUAUACACGAGCACGUUAUUACCAACAACGCACGAUUAUCUGUUACACACAACGACUUCAACACAUGGACAUUGAAUAUACGGGGUGUUAAGAGAGAAGACAGAGGACAAUAUAUGUGUCAAGUCAACACAGAUCCUAUGAAGAUGCAGACUGCAUUCUUGGAAGUCGUCAUACCUCCAGACAUCAUCUCCGAAGAAACUUCUGGUGAUAUGAUGGUACCAGAAGGAGGUUCAGCAAAACUAACCUGUAAAGCUAGAGGACAUCCUAAACCUCGCGUAGUGUGGAAACGAGAAGAUGGAGGAGCCAUUGUAGCUCGAACUGGGCUUAGCAAUAAAAUUGAAAGAGUAACAUCGGUUGAAGGAGAAACUCUCAUCCUUACAAAAGUGACAAGAUCUGAAAUGGGUGCCUACUUAUGUAUAGCAGCUAAUGGAGUACCUCCAUCAGUUAGUAAAAGGCUGAUGCUCCAUGUACAUUUUCACCCGUUGAUUCAAGUUCGAAAUCAGUUAGUAGGAGCUCCUGUAAACACGGAUGUUACUCUACAGUGUCACGUCGAGGCGUCCCCAAAGGCAAUCAACUACUGGACUAGAGAGACUGGUGAAAUGAUCAUAUCAAACGAAAAAUAUUUCAUGACCGAAAUAAAUAAUUCAUAUUACAGUGUGCAAAUGAAACUAAUUAUUACAAGAAUCCACAAGGGCGAUCUCGGUGGAUAUAAAUGUAUAUCAAAAAACUCCAUAGGAGAUGCCGAGGGCAAUAUUAGACUUUAUGAAGUAGAAAUACCACAACUCGUAGAAAUCUCCGAAGAAACUCAAGAAACUUCAGGGGAACCAGACGAAGAUAGCACAGAAAAUACAGGAAAAAGGCUCUACAAUGGUUUUCAAGGACCUUACAGUGAAAACGAACAGAAUAAUUUACCCCUAAAUAUCAGUUCUACUUGUUCUUUUUCAAAAUUCCACAGUCUAUAUCCUGUUCUACUGAUAUUACUUCAAAUAUAUUAACAGAGCGAAUGUCAGUUUCUAGAAGAAAUACAUUUUGUUUCCGAUUCAAUUAUCCCAAAAAGAACAAACAAUACAUUUUAUCAAAAUUCAAUCAAAAAGCAGUUGAAUAAAAACAAUGAUUAUUCAAAUAGGAAUCAUUGACUUUUUGAAACAAGUUGUAUUGCAUUUAUGAUAGCAGAGCGAGGACACAUUGUAUAAUUAUGUGAUAUGUGCCAAAUCUACAUGUGCUUUCGCUACUACCUAUUAAGCUGUGUGUUAUAUCGUACCUUGCAUUAAAAAAUUAAAUGAAUUAUAAUACCCAAAUACAAUUCUUUUGUAUUGAUAUUACUUAAAUCUGAACAACACUCAAACUUCAUAAUUUUUCAAACCAAAACUUUAUAUUCGAUAAGAAAAUAAAAAUAAUAUUAGUACUGAAAAUUAUAUUCACCAAAUCAUGGCAAAGUAAGUAAUUUCCACAGUCAUCAAGUUAUGUUUACUCAAAAUAGAUAAAUCCAAAACGAGUCAACAAAUACCUACCCAAAUAAGAUCGUCGCCUCUCCCCUUGACCAAUCGCCGCCACUAUGCGCUAGCUGACAAUAGACAAAAGCUGGCUGGCCAAUUAUUUCCUCAAUUGAUAAUGAAUAUAUUAAGAACUGCUUCGCUGUGUUCUUCUCUUUAUAUUUAUACUGUGUUUUCAUUCUUGUUCAUACUGUAUCGUUAUUAACCUAACUAUUGUUAAACUAUCAGUUUGGUGUUAGUAUUGUGAUGAUGAAUUUUGGUCUUAAAUAUUUAAAAAGUUUUACUAAAGAAGUAACAAUUACCUAUCUCUUUAUCUUCAGCAUUAUUGUUCCGAGAUUAAAUCAAAAGAUAUGUAACAGUACUCACCUUUUAGAACCAACUAAAAAAUAGUUACUAGCUAAAAAUAGAUUAUUCAUGGAUGGCAAUACUAUUAGAAUCUAACAUAUUGAAUUUGUAUUACUCUCAAGGUGUUUCUCGGCUAGAAGGUACUUGGGAGCAAAAGACAUCUACAGAGAACUUUAACAGAAAAUACAAACAACUACUGACACUGACUGGUAAAUUUAUAACUCACCGAACACAAGAUUCUCAACCUAACCACUCACAUUGCUCUGUCAUAACACCAGGAAAUUAAAAGUUACACGCCUCGUUUUCCCUUGAAAUAGAUCGUUUCCUUUUAAAAUAUUGGAAAAAUUAAAUAUUGAAUUGUACACAAUCAGGAAAAUUUUUUAAUGUAAGUGUACCUUAUUCUGUAUAAAAAUAGUAUAGCAAAAUAAAUAAAUGUGAAAAUAUGUUGCUAAUAGUCGCCUGAAUAUAUCGUUUUGAGUCAUAAAUUUAUUUGUAUCCACUACUAGGUGAAUUUAGUCAUUUAUCGAAUUAUUAAUAUAAUUUCAAUAUAACAUAAAAUGUUUAUAUUUGAGCUAAAUAAAUUGUUUGAAAGUAC